GUAGAUUCUCCAUACCAACAUCAUCCAGUCUUAUAUCACACAAAGCCAAACUCAACAAACAACAAUCAUCCAACAUGCCUCAGUACAGCAACGGCCAAGCAGUCCGCUACAAGCCCGUUGGCGGCCCCGACUCCCGCACCUCAGAGAGCGUCGGCACAAUCAAGUCGGUCUUGACGGAACCCGGAAUGCAGGCCGAUCGCAACGUCGAUGCCAGCGAGGAGAACCCUCGCUAUGAGGUCGAGAACCAGAACACGGGCAAGUUGACUAGCAUCUACGAGAAGAACAUUCUCGGCAGUGCGUAA